AUGGAUUGUUUUGUUGGUGCCUCUACAGGUGCGCUAAAAAGUAUUUCAUUUAAAGAAAGCGCAUUCAAUAACAUUAGUCAAAUUUCAUCUCUAAAACCGCAAGAAGAUGCAAUAGCAUGUAUGAGUUGGACGGACGAAGACCAGACUGAACUUUUGGUAGCUCAAGUGAAUCAGCAACUUAAAUUAUUUGACACUACAUCCAACGCCUAUACCGAACUUUUUGCUGUAGGAAAUGGGAGUGGUGCUGUUAAAGGAGUGAAAAAAAUGAAGUCAGGUGUAUAUAUAUCGGCUGUUGAAUCUGGUGAAAUCUCUGUUUCUUCAUCAAGAGGAAAAAUUGUCAAAGAGCUGAAUGCAGGCAGUAAUUUAAUUGUAAUGGUGCCUAACUGUGAACGAGAAGAACAGUAUGCAACUGGUGGUAAAGAAAAUCCCUUGAAAGUUUGGGAUGUAGAGAAAGGAGAAAGAAUUUUUCUAGCCAAGAAUGUACGACCAGAUGAAUUUCAGCUAAGAGUUCCAGUAUGGGUGAAUGGUAUAAGAUUUAUACCCAAAUCUCAAAGUAUUGUCACAGUCACGGGUGAGCAUCAGAUACGAUUAUAUGAUCCUCGAACCCAACGAAGGCCUAUCAAAGAAAUGGAAUGGGCUGAAGAGCCUUUAACUGCAAUGUCACUUUGUCGCAAUGAUAUGCAGUUAGUUGUUGGAAACAGUCGCGGGGACAUGGGUUUAUUUGAUUUAAGAAAUAAAAUACAUAUGGUAUGUAAGUACAAGGGAUUCGCUGGAUGUAUCAGUGGAAUUGACGCACAUCAAUCUGCUGACUACAUUGCGUCUUGUUCUUUAGAUCGUUUUGUAAGGCUGCAUGAUCUCAGUUCAAAGAAACUAAUUCAAAAAGUUUACUGCAAAGCUCGUUUGAAUUGUAUUUUACUUCGCGAAAAUUUGUCACUUAUAACUAUCAACGACGAAUUAAAGCCAGAAACAAAAGUCGAUGACGACUGGGAACAAAUUAAACAAAGUGACGUCGAUGAUGGAAGCAGUGAAGAUGAAGCCUUGUGGAAUGACGUUAAGCACAGCAAAGAAAAAACAUUAAAAAGGAAAUGCGAAAAAAACAACUCAGAAGAAUUAGUAAAAAAGCCGAAAGUUUCUAAAGAAGGAAAACGAAAACAUAAUUUCGAGAAUCCAGAUAUAUUGACAAAGAAGAAAAUUGUGCGGCCAAAACGAAAAAGCGAAAGUAUCGAUGAAAUAGCAGUCAAGCGUAUGUCCAAGGAAUCAAAUAAAAUCUAA